GCAGGAGGAGGAGGAGUGUGCGCGUAGAGGGAGGCGGGGGGGGAAGGAAACCCUCAUGGAAGUAUGAAGGAGAUGGUGGGAGGCUGCUGUGUCUGUUCUGAUGAGCGGGGCUGGGCGGAGAACCCGCUGGUGUACUGCGACGGGCACGGCUGCAAUGUGGCGGUGCACCAAGCUUGUUAUGGAAUUGUCCAGGUCCCCACCGGCCCCUGGUUCUGUCGGAAAUGUGAAUCCCAGGAAAGAGCCGCCCGGGUGAGGUGUGAGCUGUGUCCCCACAAAGAUGGAGCCCUGAAACGCACGGACAACGGGGUGAAACCUGGGCUGGAUAACACUGUUUCCUCUCUUUUUUUCCUCCCUCCACCUGCUGUCCUCGCCCACUUCCCUCAGAAGACCUCACGGCACUCUGGGAGCAGCUCCUUCAUCGCUGGGAGGAGGAGUCGCUCCACAUCCCCUGCCCAGGAGAAACACGUGUCCCACCACGACAGGCCAAAGAAGAGUCGGAAGGACAAAGAGAGACCUAAACAGAAGCACAAAAAGCGGCCGGAGUCUCCUCCCAGCAGCCUCCCCCCGGCCCCGGUGCCCGUCACCACCGACAAGGGCUCCACCAGCCACCAUGAGGGGAGCAAGGAGACCUCAGAGGUCGGCAGGUCGGAGGUGAAAGGCAGGAAGUCCUCGAGCCAUGGCAGCAGCCACAAGGGGAAGAAGACGGGAAGCGGGAAAAGCUCCGUUGGCUUCAGCUCGGCUUCAUCCAGCGGGACCUUCCAGCCUGCAGGUACCUCCUGCAGCAGCUUGCAGUGCUCCCAGGACUUUGUGACCUUCCCCAAGCUCGAGCAGGACGACGAGAAGUACCGGAAACCUGUGUCUUCCUCGUCCUCCUCCCACUGCUCCCCCCUGUACGAGGGCCAGAAGGGCGACGUCUUCGAGCAGAAGGUGAUUUUCUCCGGCUUUGGGUCCAUCAUGCGCUUCUCCACCUCGGCUGUGAGCCAGCAGAGAGCCCGGGAUGCCUCCCCUGUGGACUACAAAGCCUCAAAUCCCACCAGUGGCCCCUCGGUGGGGACCAGUGGGACCAGUGGGAGCAGCAGCAGCAGCAGCCACAAGCGGAUGCCGUCGCUCAGCCUGGAGGAGGGAGAGGUGCUGAAGGAAAAGAAGCACAAGGGUAGCAAGAAGAACAAGCACGGGCCCGGCAGGCCAAAGGGGGGGAAAAGCAAAGAGAUUUUGGGGGCCCAGCUGGCUGGGUCCACCUCCACGUCCUCAUCACCCUUCUCCGGGGGCUCCCUCGUGAGCUCCAGCGUCGGCAACUCCUCCCGCUCCUUCAGCCACACCGGGAACCUGCCCAGCCUCAGCAUGGAGUCCCCGCUGCUGGGCUCAGGGAUCUACACCAGUAACAAGGACCCCAUUUCCCACGGGGGUGGGGUGCUCAGGGCUGUGUGCAGCACCCCCCUCUCCUCCAGCCUCCUGGCACACCAGGGCACCUCGUCCCUCCCGCAGCUCAACCGCUCCCCCUUCGCCAGCACCAUCCCAGCCUCCUCCUCCUCCGUGUCCACCACGCAGGUGUUCUCACUGGCAGGUUCAACGUUCAGCCUCCCUUCCUCACAUAUCUUUGGAAGCCCCCUCACAUCUGGGCUGUCGAUCAACCCCCUCCUGAACCAGUCGGAAAGCAGCCGGGCAGAGCCGGACCUGGAGGAUUGCAGCUUCGGCUGCCGAGGGACGUCGCCGCAGGAGAGUCUCUCUUCCAUGUCCCCCAUCAGCAGCCUGCCGACCCUGUUCGACCAGACCGUGUCCUGCAGCAGCAGUGGGCAGCUGGAGAAUGUUCCCCAGGCCACCCCCAACAUCGAGCAGCUCUUGGAGAAGCAGGGCAACGGGGAGGCCGGAGUGAACAUUGUAGAAAUGCUCAAGGCCCUGCACUCGCUGCAGAAGGAGAACCAGCGGCUGCAGGAGCAGAUCAUGACGCUGACGGCCAAGAAGGAGCGUUUGCAGCUCCUCAACGUCCAGCUCUCCGUCCCCUUCCCCGUGGUGACCAGCAGCAACGGCCCCGGCAGCCAGGCCCAGUACAUCCUGCCUCCCAACGUCUGCAACAACGAUUCCCUGAGCAUCAGCAAGAGCCCCCCGUGCAAGAACAGCUUUGGGAUUGAGAACUCCCUCUCCACUUCCUCUGAGGACCCUCACUCAGGGUGUCCCAGCAGGAGCAGCUCCUCCCUGUCCUUCCACAGCACCCCUCCGCCCCUGCCCAUGCUGCAGCAGAGUCCUGCCUCGCUACCCCUGCCCGGGGUGCAGCAGGUGAAUGGCCUGGCCCGGGUGGCCGGCGGCGGGCUGGGGGGAGGCACCAGUGCCAGCCACAGCCUCUCCACGGUGCCCAUGGUGGACGGCCUGAUGGGGACCCUGGCAGGAGGCCAGCAGAUGCCCAUCAACGGGAUCCUGGGGAACCUGAACGGAGCCCAGGCCGCCCAGCCCGCCAGCGCGCCGACGCAGGGGCCGGGCGGGCCCCCGGCCCUGCAGCUCUCCACCAGCCUGAGCAGCAUUCCCAGCCUGAGUCCCCUGACGGAGCAGCAGCGGCACGUCCUGCACCAGCACGAGCAGCAGCUCCAGCAGCUCCAGCAGCUCCUGACUUCCCAGCCGCUUAAUCCGGAGCAGCAGGCCCUGGUGUUCCAGAUGAUGCAGCAGAUCCAGCAGAAGCGGGAGCUGCAGCGGCUGCAGAUGAGCAGCUCGUCCCAGCUGUCCAUGAGCUCCCUCCUGGCCGCCACCUCGGCCCCCGCCCUGAUGACCUCGGCCCCCCAAGCGCCCCCCAGCACCAGCUCCCUCCUGGCCUCCCUGUCCCCGCAGCAGCUCAACCCUGGCAAUGCCCUCCUGGCCCCCCAGGCCACCCCACCGCUCAGCACUCCUGGGAACAGCCUCCUGGCCUCGGGAACGGGCCUCCCACCCGUCCUGACAGCACAGCCCAACCCCUUCCUCAACCUGCAGGCUGAUGGCAACACCCCGAAAGGAACGAACAUGAAUGAAAAGGGAGCUCCUCUUACCCAGGACAAGGGCUAAGCUCCCCCCCUGACCCCGAAAAAACCAGCAGCCAACUCCUCUGCCCAGGGGAAUGUGGCUUUUCCGCAGCCAACCCUGACACUGUUAAAGCAAUGAGCACAAGGCUUCCGAGGAGCAUUCCCUGCGCUGGGCCACGCCAAGAGGUGCUUUUGGGAAGACAGAACGUCUGUGGCCGAGCCCUGGUGUCGUGAGGAGUGAAGGUUGGGGGGGGUUUCCCUGCCAACCCGCUCCGUGUGGAGGAGGGAAUUCCGGGAAUUCCACCAGAUCCUGCCUGACCUCCUCCCCGCUGUGUGUAACCCCCCCGGGCAUUCCUGGGGGUGGGAGCCCCCCUGUGCCAAGCCCGAGGAACCUGGCAGUGCCCACGGAGGCAGCACUGGAUGUGACAGCGCCGGGAAGGGGCGUGGUGGCCGUGCCCAGGUGGGGCCGUUGGGAAGAAUUCCUGGAGCUGAGAUUUCUCACCCGCUGGGCUCUUCCCUGUGUAGCCCCAACAGCUCAGCUGGAGCCAAAUCCAGCCUGGAAAGACACAAGUGGGAGUAAUGGAUGAGGAGUGGAGCUGGGGACAGGGUGAAGGCCACCUGCUCCUUGGAAGGACAUUGCCACUCCUGCCCUGCCAGCUGCUGUGGGGUCGGUGCUGCCCUCACCUGAAAAGCACAUUCCUGCUCUGGGCCGCCUCUUCCCUUGCAAGAUUCCCAGAGGAUAACAGUUCAGUGUGCAAAAGGGGCUGGAGCCGGGAUUUAUCCAGCGCCAGAAGGUGCAUUUGAGCCUGGAGGUGGAUUCCUGGACCUGAGCUCGGAGAUCAAAAUGUGUUUGGGGAAGAGAGUCCCAAACCCCAUCCCUCUUCUUCCCUACCCACCACAGAUCACUCCAGUCUGGCAAAAACCGUGUUCUUCCACUGGUCCUGGGCUCUUGGGAAAAGGGGAUCUCCAAGGAAUGGGACAGUGACCAGGAUCCUGAGCCGGGACAUCGGACCCUUCGUCAUCCUCCACCUUUUGACCUUAAUUCCAUCUUUCAGCCCGGAACCUCAGCCAGGAAUGGGCUUCCUCUGAGCCUGGAUGGAUGGAGGGAUGGAGGGAUGGAGGGAU